AAAAACAACCCCUUUCCUGAACAUAAUCAAUACAAUCUGCAUCCUUCUCUUUAACAUUUUGUAUAACUCCCGAAGAAAAGUAAUGGCAAUCAAAACUAAGUCUUCAACUCCCGGAUCACCUUCCUACGUCGAUUUCCACCCUGCUUGUGAUUUCCUUAAAGCUGAAGGGAUUGAAACUUUGAUCAUCCAUCUUCCUGACUUUAAGAAGGAGCAAUUGAGGGUGCAAGUAAACAAAGAAGGAGUGGUGAUAGUAAGUGGCGAGAGAGCAACAAAUGAAGAUGGAUCCAAAAGAAGCCGUUUUGUUAAGGAAACUAAAAUACCAGAGGGCUGUGAUAUAAACGACAUUCGAGCCAAGUUCAUAAACGGGCGCCUUAAUGUUACAAUGCCAAAGAAAAUACUUAUUACACCUCCACCUCCACCUCCACCUCCACCACCUCAACUCAUCCAGGAGCAGCCUCCGUCGUCAUCGUCACCACCACCUCCUCCUCCGAAGCCAGAGGCCGUUACUGAUCAAAAGCCGAAACCUGAGGCCGCCUCGGUUUCUGAUGAUCAAACACCCAAAGGUAGUACUAUUAUAGGUGGUACCGAAACAAGUUGUAGUUAUCAUGGUCAGCCAAAGAGUAUUAAUCGUAUGUUUGAGCUUGGAAGUGUUAUACAAAGUCGGCUACAAGGAAGAAAGAAUGUGGCUUUGGGUUUUGGAAUCGCCGUAGUGACAAUGGUAGCAAUUGGAGCUUUUGUUGCUUCUAAACUUGGGUCUGAUACCACUUCUUCUCCUUCUUUGUACAUAGAAGACUCAGGUCUAAUGUAAACGAUUAAGAUAUGGUAUUUUUAAAUUCGGUUGAGAAAAAUUUAUGUACUUUGUUAAGUGUAUUAUAUAAUCAUUUAUACAUUCGUGAAUAUUGAAUAAAAAGGUUACGUUGGUGAAUUAA